AUGCUCAAUUGUGAUUGUUCUACCUGUAAGCCACCCUCUAAAUUCUUCCGAAGCCAUGAAUUGGAAUAUCAAAACGAUGUUACCGUACAGGUGGCAUCAACAUCGAUAAAAGUUGCGGAAACAAGUAGCAUGUUGAUGAACCUUGAUUAUGAAUCUGCUCAACAAUCAGAAGCUACAGCCGAAGAAAAAAAGCUAAUAGAGUCCGUGAAAAGUCAGAUGACAGGAAAACCUGAAAUGGAAACUGCUAAUAUCGGUCAUUGUGGUCAUUAUGAUCCAGUUCUUUUCUCCCCACAACAUGAGGAUUUCGCUGCCACAAUUACGCUUGCUAGGCCCGCUAGAGAUAAACCACAACUUAGGAUGUGGCCAGUUUCGUGUGCGAUCGACCCAAAGGAUAUACUCGGUUUCACAAAUUCAGUAGCGACAGGUGGAGGCAAAAGUACGUAA